AUAUUUUAUUGUUGUUUAAGCGCAGAGUAUAGCAUAUAGCGCAUGCGCGUACGUUGACAGCCGUUAGAUGAACGCCCAAUAACACAAUAGCCUGCAAAGAAAGAGGUAAACACAAAAGCGGCGCGGUAAACAAAAGUUUGUAUUGUGCGAUUUAAUAGCAAAGUUUACGGUAAAAUUAUUGUUUGAAAAAGGUGUAUAGAGAACUCACACACACACAUAUCUACGCCGCAGAAGCUGACCCAAAUACAUACAAACGUGUCUAAAAUAAUAUUAGCCUACGACGAAGACAGUGUUUUGCGUGCAUAAAAAUUUAAAUUUGACUCAAUGCGACUGCGCAAAUCACACCCAAAUACUACCACCUGUAAAAUAGUUAACACAGUGCACACUGCCAGCCACAUAAUGUACUCGUGUUAUAUGUUGCACUUGCUCUUGCUUUCAACAUAUUGCUGCAGCGCGCAAGCACCAAACACGGUAGAUUACUUACCGCUUGGCGCACUCGGCGCUGCUGUAGAAGCGGACGCAAAGCGGAUGACUAUCGCGCUUCCGCAAGGUUUUAAACCAGAAGCGCCACCACACCAACCAAUGCUUUUGCCCUUUGCUACGCCAGCGCCAAGUAGCCCGUCUGGCGGUUGGAGGCCCAUAGUUGGCGAUGCAGUGACACCACCUCACAGCAUUAUAAUGACACCACCAACGCCGCUGGUACCGCCACCGCUUGCAGUGCUGCAGGAUCGCAUCGAUUUGGGGUCGCGCGAGGAAAACAUCGUCCAGCAAGAUGGUCCAUUAUUAGAGUCGAUUGUAUAUGGUACAUGGAAGCCGCCGGAGCGUCCGCUGAGUCCCGACGAAAUUCAAAAACCUACGGCGCCACCCGUUGCUGCUACGACAGCAAUGUACAGCCGCAAGCGCCCUGCAGCUUCAUUGGAACGCCUUGGCGUCGAGCAUCCGAUUGCUGGCAUACAAACUGCCGGCGCAUCGCCAUUGAAUCAGAAAUAUGAACGCAAACGCAUAUCGACGACGACACGCGCACAGCAUCUCUCCGCCGUCUCUCCACCAACCAAAUACUACAUACAUUUCAAUAUGUCCGAUCUGAAUAUACUGGAGAUGGUCAAACAAAUAAAUGAUUCAAUUGACGAAACUUCGGCGCACUUACAUACACUGAAAAAGCAUACUUGGAAGCAUCAGGAAACUUCCGAAAGUUCACUGGAAAAUGAAAGUGAAAAUGAAAAUGAGAAUGAAGUUAAAUCAGAAUCAGAAGCCGAGUCGGAAACGGAAAUGCCAACCGCUGACGUUAGCAAAGUGUGGCCAACAGAUUUCAUAGCUUCAUUGGAACGCCAAAAGCUGGCACAACAAAACGUCAGUUAUAGUUUUAAUGGAGAUAGCUCUGAUCCGCCGCAAGCAUUAAAUGGAUUAAAUAUACCAAGCUCCUUGAUGCCGGCGUUUAACAUCACCAGAGUUGGCGUACCUUAUGAGAAACAAAGCCCUGCCGAAGAGCCAGCAUUAUGUGUACCGCUAACAGUACUUGAACAGGCAGGCGAGGGGGAGGUAAUGGAAGUAGAGCGAGUUUAUUGCUUUCCACUACCCCCAAGCCAUAAAGACACAUCGGUAAGGGACGGCACAAAGGCAAAGGUGGAGAAUUAUACCGAUUAUGAGGGGAUAAAUGCGACGGACCGCCUCAAUUUGAGUUACUAUAUACAGAUUUUGAGCUUAAUUUUAAAUGCUAAGCGUAAAUUGCAGUAA